ACACUCUUCGCACAUGAUCCUCCCAGACGAAGUCAAUAAUCACCUCCGAGUAAAUCCCUCCCUGCUACUUUGAUUUCACUCUGAUGUUUACACACAACUCGUUCGUAUGAUCCCCUUCUGAAGCUCCAUUGAUCCACAAGAUUCCUAGGACUCCAACUGCAUGACGCAGGAAGAGGUAGCGACCCUAGGAGGGGUGGGUGGAGCACAGUAACCCUAUAUGAACCUCACCAUUAAAGCUAAGAGUCUCAAAGACGCAAUGACCACCAGGCGUGCCGUCCUCGAAGAUGACCUCUCCUGCCCAAUAUGCGGGAAGAUUUUUCAAGAGCCUGUGGUGCUUUUCUGCAAACAUAGAUUCUGUAAACCAUGCCUGGAGAGCAGUUGGGUCGGUGGAGGAGCUUGCGAAUGUCCACUCUGCUGCCAGCCGUCGUCCAUGGGGGAACUCAUAGUUAACACAAUGCUCAAGAAGUCCUGUGAAGGUUAUCUGAAAGAACGGCGCAAGAGUAACCCCUUUGCAUGCAAAGAACACGGCGAAUCUCUGACCUUAUUCUGUCUGGAAGAUCUACAGCCUACAUGCGUCGAGUGCAAGGAAUCGGGAAGCCACAAAGGGCAUCGAUUAUACUCCUUGGAAGAGGCUUCGCAAGAUUGUAAGGCUGAACUGAAGACUGCUCUGAAGCCAUUGCAAGACAAGCUGAAGUUCUUCAGGAACGUUAAAUCCACAUACGAUCUAACAGCAGAGCACAUUAAGAGACAGGCAGAGCAUGCGGAGAGGCAGAUCAGAGAGGAGUUUGAAGCGCUGCACAAGUUCCUUCGAGAAGAAGAAGCGGCCAAACUCUCUGAACUGAAGAAAGAGGAGGCGGAGAAGAGCGAGACCAUGACGGAAAAGAUCGAGGAGAUGGAAAACCAAAUCACGUCCCUCACAAACACCAUCAGGUCUAUCGAAAAGGAGAUGAGCGCUCAGGAUAUCCCGUUCCUCCAGAAUUACAAGGAAACCAUAAAGAGAACUUGGCAGCUACCCCAGGAACCACAGAUGAUAUCGGGGUCUUUGGUUGACGUAGCCAAACAUUUAGGCUCUUUAAAAUUCAACGUCUGGGAGAAGAUGAAGAAUAUCAUCCAGUAUACUCCUGUGACUCUGGACCCGAACACAGCGGCGAGCUGUUUCCAGCUGUCAGAGGACCUGACGACUCUUCAGUGCUGCUCUCAGAUCUUCAAGCUCCCGGACAACCCGGAGCGCUUCGACGUCAGUGCCGAGAUGCUGGGCGCGGAGGGCUUCCGCUCGGGUAAACACAGCUGGGACGUGGAAGUCAAAAACAACAGCUACUGGGUGAUCGGAGUAGCCAGCGAAUCGGUGAAGAGGAAGGGCAAGAACGUGCUGACGCCUGCAGAGGGGUUUUGGACUAUUCGGCUGAGGAACGGCGAGUACAAGGCUUGCUCGGCACCGUGGUCGUCGCUAACCAUGAACAAGGAGCCAGAUGUGGUGAGGGUGGUGUUGGAUAUGGACAGGUCGAAGGUGAUGUUCUAUGACCCGAGAGAGAGGACGCCACUCUACACGUUCACGGACAUCAUCUCGCCACGAGUGUUUCCUUACUUCUGCAGUGCCUGCAAAGAUCAUCCACUCAAAGUACUUCCAGCGAGUGUGUAUGUUAAAGUGCAGCACUAGACCUGAGCAAAACCCUCCCUCCCUCCCUCCCUUUCUCCCUCUCUCUCUCUCUCCCUCCCUCCCUCCCUCUCUCUCUCUCCCUCCCUCCCUCCCUUUCU